GCGGCCUAUCGGAGCCCCGAAGGCCACUCUGACUCGCGCUCUUCCCUCUCUGUCCCUCUGGCUCCCAACCAAGAAAUAGCCACGACGGCGACACGUCUAGGUAGACGGAACGGAACCGGUUGCGUGCUGUACGGAGCAUGGGGCUCCUCGACCAGCUCUGGGACGAGACUGUCGCCGGCCCGCGGCCGGACCACGGCCUCGGCAGGCUCCGCAAGUACUCCUCCUUCUCGCCCUCGACCGCGGCGGCCGCGGACGUCGCGCCGGCGGUGACCCGCAGCAUCACUAUCGCCCGGCCGCCAUCUCUCUCGGUGCCAUCCGGCGAAUCAAGCUCCGCGACGCCGUCCCCGGCCAGCGCGCCGGACUCCCCGUUCGCAGCAGCUACCAGUAGCAUACGGAAAGUGGACGGAUGGAGGGCGUUCCGCCGGAAAUCCAAGAUGGCCAACGUCGACGUCGUCCGGGCGGAGGCGACCGUCGGGCCCAGGAGCCCCACCGUGUACGACUGGGUGGUGAUCAGUUCAUUGGACCGAUGAAGCAGCACGCCCAAGGUACGAAAUAAUCGACCGAUGCCGAUGAAGCAGAGGAGCUUAGCUGGUGUGUUUGAGGCCGUGUGUUCGUCAUGUCAUAUGCAUACCUGCUGUGUAAUCGUUGUGUUAAUUAGAUGCACUUUCCUUCUUCUUCUUUUUUAUGUAGUUGUGCGUCCCUUUGGGCUGCGAAAGUAUGUGAUGGCAGUAGCUCCGGUUGAGGCAAUCGAGAUGUUUUGCCUUCACGAGGCAAGGCACCUUUUGGUGUGUGUGGAGGAGAUGAGCGCUGAAAUGAGGAUGCAAUGCAAGUGUACAAUCAUGCUUCGUUUUCUUA